AUGGCUGGCGCGGGUGGGAUGCCGCCGCCGCUGAGGCUCAAGGACAUCCUGGAGCUGGACUGCGACUCGUGCAGCGCCGCGGGGUUCCGCUGCUACCCGCGCCGCCUGGGCGAGCCGGCGUCGGCGCCAAUGCGGCACCUCCUCGAGUCGUCGCCCUCCCUCACCCUGCGGCGCCACCGGCCGAGCAAGCUGUCCCACCUCUCCAGGAGCCUCUCGCGCCGGCUCAGAAGGCGGGGCGGCUUCUGGAGUAGGCGCCGCGACGAGGAGGGCGAGGACACCGCGUCGUCGGCAGCGACGGCCGCGUCCGCCGGCUGCGGCGGCUCUAGUAGCUCCGAGGAGCUGGGGCUGGAGACGUCGUCGUCGGAGUCCAGCGACAACUACUUCCGGGAGGACGAGCAGGAGGAGGUCGCGGUCCGAGUCCGACUCGGACUUGUCGUCGGCGACCGAGGACAGCGUGCACCAUCCUCCUUCGCAGGCCGCCGGCGCCGGAGACGAGCACGAGGGGCUGCAGUGUCUCCUGUAUCUGUCAUGGACCUGGAACGAGCUAAAGAUCCGACCAAAACAGCUAGUCCUGGACGGUGCCUUGCUGACCUGUGCUUCGGUGAGAACUGCGCCUUGCAAUUUGUAAUAAAUUGUUUACAAGGAGUCGUUGCUGCACGCUUCUACGUUAUCGAUCAGGCGGUUGCUAAUGUUGUCUGCCGUGCAAUAAUGCAGGUGGUGGCGAUGAAGAGGGUGUCGUCCAAGGAGGGGUCCAGCUCGUUGGGGUCGGAGGCGGACGACAAGGAGCAGCUCAGCCCCGUGGCCGUCAUGGACUUCCCCUUCGACGACGACGACGACGACGAGUUGAGGGACGCCGCCGUCGCGUGCACCCCUUCUUUCAGCCUCGCACGUCUCCAGAGGAGAAAGACGCACAAGAUCCGACGGUUCGGGAGCCACGACGAGCUGGGCCCCCUAGAUCUCGAGGCGCGCCUCGCCGCCACCACGUCAGACCCCGACGCCGACGGCCCCGCCGCCGCAGACUCAGCGCAGGCGCAGCAGAUGAUCCAGUGCCGUACGGAAGACGCGUCCACGCCGAAGUGCGCAGGCAGCGCCCACCGCGGUGCCGGCGGCGUCCAUGACGUGCCAGACGAGGACGACCUUACUUCGCUGCUCAUGGGCACGGUCUCGGGCGGCUUGGACGACGUGUCCGAACGGCUUCUGCGCGACUUCCUCGUGGAGAUGAAACGCCGGCGCUCGGAAGCGCACGACGCCGAGUCCGAGCUCCCUCUCCCUGGGCCGGCGGCCGGCGGUGUGCUGCGACGGAAGGCUGAGCGGGUGGUAGACGGCGAGGCUGCUGUGGCCGCAGCGGCCAGGGGCUGGUUGGAGGCCACGGGAACCGAGCGAUGGGGCUUGGCGGAUGUGCUCAGCGGCGGGGCGGCCAUCGUGGCGGAGAUGGAGCGGGGCCGGGGGUGGAUGCAAGUCGGCGAGGAGGAGCGGGAGGUCGGCGCUGUGGUGGCGGGGAUGCUGGUGAAUCAACUGGUGGGCGAGGUGGUGCGGUGUUUGUUUGUGUAG